GAUUUACAAAACACAAAUGUCAGCCAUCUUGGUAAUUAUCUGUGGAUCAAAGCGAUGUGAUGGUGUGUUUCGGCUUUUAAACGACAAAUUUACACUGUAAAAAAAAUCAAAAUAAACCCAAUUCACCAUAGAAAACGUAAACAAUACAUAUUGCAAUGAACGGUGAAGAACCGAAGGAAAUCGAAAUGAUCAGCAUCAGCGAUAUUUGCAGACUUUGUGCGAAUCAAAGCGAAAAAUUAAUUGGAAUUUACACUGAAGAUGGGUGUUCAAAUGAUUUGGCAAACAAAAUGAACUUGUAUUUGCCCAUUAAAAUAAGCGAAACGGACGAUCUUCCUUUGCAAUGUUGUUGGCAGUGUGCAUCGACUUUGUUAGCAUGGCACGAUUUGGUUGUCACAACAGCUGAUACUGAUCGGAAGCUAAGAAGUUGUCAGCUGGUGACGGAGAAGCAACUGCUCGAGAAUAUUUAUCAGGACACUGUUAUUUCUGAGGAACCAAGCACAGAAUCAAUAAGCGGUGAGAGUAACCACGAUGAAAACCGAACAAAAAACUUAUUUUGCAAGUUUUGUCAAGAAAAUUUCGAACACGAGUAUUUACUGAAAAAACACAUAAAAUUAUGUCAUGAAAAUUACGAAACCACCUGUAAUUACUACUGUGAUAUUUGCAAGAAAGGAUACAAAAGAAAAUAUGAUUUAAAAUUACAUAACGCAAAAAAUCACACAAAUGAAGAUUUUGGGCUAAGUUGUCACAACAAAAAUGAUGUAAUAGAGAAAACAGAGACUGAUGAAAAUAGUGAGAAUGAUAAGAAUAAGAUAUACUUUGACAACGUCGAUUUACAAAAUAUUAUAUGUAAAUUAUGUAAUAGUAAAUUUAAGCAGAAAACAUUGCUUAAAAACCAUAUGCUUGACUCGCAUAACAUCAAAUUUCAACGAGUAAGGCGUAAAAGAAAUGAGAUUGGGUUUAAUUUUUUUUGUGAGAUUUGUAACAAAGGUUUCACGAGAAAAUUUGAUAUGGAAACCCAUACAAAAAGCCAACAUACAAAUGUCAAAGUCGACUUUAAUCCAUCGACCAGAUCUCUGAACGUGGAAACGUUAAAUAAAUGCAAAAUUACGGACGGACAAGAAGCUUACUAUAAGUGUGAUUUUUGCGGACAUUGCUUUAAAAGGAGUUACCACCUGAUGAGGCAUAGAACCAUACACACAGGGGAAAGGAGUUAUUUUUGCCAUAUAUGCGGUAAAAACUUCAGACUUUCCACAUAUCUCAAAGUACACAUCCAAUGCUUCCACUUCGGUUAUAAGCGUUUUAAUUGUAGUGAAUGCUCAAAAAAAUUCGCCUCAAAAUCAUCGCUAACCGAGCACAUGAACAUACACUUCAAUAGACGCCCUUUCACGUGCGAAAUAUGCGGGAAAACCUUCAGACAACAUUCCUCCCUUAAAGUGCACAAAAUUUUCCACAACGACGAUCUGCCGUUUUCCUGUACGAUUUGUUCGAAGAGGUUUAAGAGGGCGCAGCAGCUUAAAAUACACGUCUACACGCACACGGGCGAGAAGCCUUACAAGUGUAAAGUAUGCGAAAAAAGUUUCCGGUUGUCUUCGAAUUUGAAAAGGCAUCAAGAUUGUCACAACAAAAGUGCUUUUAAGUGCGAGGUUUGUGCUUGCAGCUUUAGUCAUUUGAAGUAUUUAAAUGUUCACAGGACAACGCAUGAGCAGAUUUAGAAAACAAUAAACUCUGAUUUUCAUUCAUUAAAAAUCUAAUACCCAUUUUAAAACUGUUCUCCCUUGCGGCCUUGAGUUUACGGUGAAUUCACCGUGAAUACGCCGUUUAUGUGCAGUGAAUAUACCGUCCAUUUGUGACAUUUGUAGACGGUAAUUAAACGGUGAACUCACGCUGUUUUUGCGAUAAAUUCACGGUGAUUU